CCGGCUGGCGCCCUUUGAGCGGCGCGCGGCACCGUGGGGUCUCGGGGCCCGCCGCUCACAGACAAUCGGACCCUUGGAUAAACAUGAUGCGCUCCCCGGGAGAGGGGAGCGGGGCCACGUCCGCGGGCGGACCCGGCGAGGAACCCGGAGCCCCCCCGUGCGGGGGAGAAGGCGGGGACGGUCAGGCCGCGCGGGCUCUUUAAGACCAUGUUCGUGCUAACGCAUACCGGCUCCUGGAGAAGGCGGUGAGACUAAGCAAGGACGAGUUCCAAAGGGAGGAGAGUCCCCCACCUGGCUUCAGCGCCCGCGCGGCUGGUCCUUCAUGAUCUCGAUGCAGAGGCCUCCAAUGGCUGUGAUAAGCCUUCUGUUCUUGGCAGUGAUGUAUGUCGUGCACCACCCUUUGAUGGUCAGUGACCGGAUGGACCUGGACACACUAGCCAGAAGUCGGCAGCUGGAGAAGCGGAUGAGCGAGGAGAUGCGCCAGUUAGAACUAGAGUUUGAAGAGAGGAAGCGAGCAGCUGAGGAGCAGCAGAAGGCAGAGAACUUCUGGAGAGGAGACACAUCCAGUGACCAGUUAGUGCCGGGGAAAAAAGACAGGGGGCGGCCGUUCCAGGCGGAUGGCCACGAGGGGCCGCUGGGCUGGAUGCUGGGAAACCUGUGGAACGCUGGCCUCUUUUGCUUUUUUCUCAUCUUUGAGCUCCUGCGACAGAACAUGCAGCACGAGCCGGCCUUUGAUUCCAGCAGCGAUGAUGAGACGGAGGAGGUCCGUGUCGUGCCUGUCACCUCCUACAACUGGUUUACCGACUUCCCCCCGAGGGAGGCCCUGGAAUCCUUUCACAAACACCAGAUCCAGAACGUCACCCGGGACCUGCCCUGCACCUGCGAGUUCGUGGAGAGCUUUGUGGACGACCUCAUCAAGGCCUGUCAGGUGCUCAGCCGCCGGGAGGCUCACCCACAGUUGGAGGACUGCCUGGGCAUCGGGGCUGCCUUCGAGAAAUGGGGAACCCUCCACGAGACCCAGAAAUUUGACAUCCUGGUGCCCAUUGUUCCCCCCCAGGGCACUAUGUUUGCGCUGGAGAUGAGGGAUCUGGCCCUAGGCCGCCGCUGUGGCCGCGUGCGGGUCGAGUCGGAAUGCGUGUGCAAGCGUGAGAAGCUUCUGGGGGACGUGUUGUGCCUGGUGCACCACCACAGGGACCACUCAGCCCUCCUGGGCAAGUGUAACAGCUCCAUCAAGGCGGCUCUCUGCACUGGCUCCUACCUGGAUGUGUGUAAGACUGUGCAGUGGUUCACGAACAUGGUGGGCAACGCCUGGGCCCUCGUGGCCCACAAGUAUGACUUCAAGCUCAGCCUGCCGCCGUCCACCACCUCCUGCAAGCUCAGGCUGGACUACCGCUCAGGCCGCUUUCUCUCAAUCCGCCUGGUCCUGGGUGUGCAACAGGAAGACACCUUGGUCUACCUGGUGAGUCAGGCCCCUGACCAGGAACAGCUCACCAGCGUGGACUGGCCCGAGUCCUUUGCAGCCUGUGAGCACUUGUUCCUAAAGCUGGUCGGGCGUUUUGCUCCCGAGAACACCUGUCACCUCAAGUGCCUCCAGAUCAUUUUGAGUCUCCGGGACCUUCAGAGUUUACCCCAGGGAGCAUCCCACCCCAUCCUCACCUCUUACCACUUCAAAACAGCCCUCAUGCACCUGUUGCUGCAGCUGCCCCUCACAGACUGGCAGCAUGGCAUGCUCUCCCAGCGGCUCCAGGACAUCCUCUGGUUCUUGGGCCAAGGCCUCCAGAGAAGGUCCCUCCAUCAUUUCCUCAUUGGUAACACCUUCCUGCCCCUGACCAUCCCGAUCCCUAAGACAUUUCGUAAUGCUGAGCCCGUCAAUCUCUUCCAACACCUGGUGCUAAACCCCAUGGCACAUUCACAGGCAGUGGAAGAGUUCCACAACCUUCUGACCCAGGUGAAAGCUCUGCCCUGUGCCCCGCUGGCUGGGGCACAUUAAUGUACAGGCCAUUAAAAAGGGGGAGAAGGUA